GAAAAGGCUAAGUUAUGAAAAAAAACCUAACUAACUAACUAACUUUGCGAAAGGAAAGCAGAGGAAGGGGAAGUUUGGACUUUGGAGUAGGUUCCUUUCCUCCUUCAUCACAUGGCAAUGGCAUGAGCAACGACAUUUGUUUCUGGAAUUGAUUUUGUUGUUGUUGCUGACGCCGUAAAAAAACACAACACAGCAUAAUGAUGAUGUCGAUGUCGCGAAACAUUACCAAACGCUUCCUACUAAACGGUAAACAGACGCCGUUCCAUGCACCUUGCCCACCAGCUGUUCGACCUUAUGACCGUAUCAUCCACAAAGCUUCCUUUUGUUCUUCUUCUUCUUCUUCUUCUGCUGCCAAGUUUGGGUUUGUGGGUUGGUACCUUCGUAAGCUUGAAGAACACCCCAUUGUCACUAAGUGCCUUACCUCUUCUUUUAUUUUCACUGCCUCUGACUUCACUUCUCAGAUGAUUUCAUCUUCUUCUGCUUCAUAUGAUUUUAAAAGGACAUUUAGAAUGGCAGUAUAUGGGCUGCUAAUCCUGGGGCCAUCACAGCAUUUGUGGUUCAAUCAUCUGUCCAAAAUUUUACCUAAAAGAGAUGUUUCCGCAACCUUGAAGAAGAUUUUCAUGGGGCAGGCUGUAUUUGGUCCUGUCAUCAAUACUGUUUUCUUCACUUAUAAUGGUGCUGUACAAGGUGAAAGUGUGCCUCAAAUUAUUACCAGGUUGAAGCGAGAUCUACUUCCGACGAUGAUAGGUGGUGCUAUGUUCUGGCCUGCAUGCGAUUUUGUUACUUUCAAAUUCGCUCCAGUCCAUUUACAGCCACUGCUGAAUAGUUCCUGUGCAUAUGUGUGGACCAUUUAUUUAACGUACAUGGCAAACCGAGAAAAAUAAGAGCCAUGCAUUUGAUAUAAGGCUUGGUUUUUAGAUUUGUAUAUUUAGUAUUUACAGCCUAAGCAAUUUCUUUCUGCUAUUAUUAUUAUUAUUGCUUACCGUAUCUGUUUAGUAGUACUUUUUAUG